GCGAGACUUCUCCGCAGCCGCCGAACCACCUGGGCAGCAGCAGCGUCUCGCACUUGACUGACCUGCCUCUCGACCGGCCGCACAAUGAUAUCAAACGCAGUCGUAGCUUGGAACACGCGCUGGACGAGCUGUACGACCUGCCACGCAGCAACGCGCCCAAGCUAAGCCUUAAGGCCACCCACCCGGCCUUUGGAUCCGCCACGUCCGUGAACCACGACCCAUCCGCCGUGUACGACAUUCCGCCCCAAGUGACACGGGACUCUGUCAUUUCCGCACGCUCGGAUUCAUCGGAUGAGAGUUCGGCUGUCCUCGUGCAGUGUAGACUCGCGGGGUUCUGGGGCUGACUACACGGGCGGGGCGGAAGGGUUGUAUGAGGAGCUGCUGCUGGACCUGGACUCGGCGCUGGAGCUGCUGGUCAAGCUGCAGCAGGAGGUCAGUCGCACGUCCUCGCGCUUGCUGGCUUUUGUCUCCUCCACAUGGCGCCAGAAGGACUCUCUGCAUAAGCGUAUCUACGACAUCAAGGUGGCCUGCGUGGAGCUGAACAAGGCCCUCGGCGAGUACGUGGACUUUGCCCAGGGAACAUUGGCCAACUCGGCCCGCCUGAGUGACAAAAAGCUGGUCAGCAGGCUCGUGCGUCACGUGACGCCUAUUCAGCAACACAAGCAGAAUUUUUCCCAGGCCCUGCGUGGUCUGGAGGAGAUGAAGUGGCAAGUGAACCUACUGGUGGAGCCUGUCGAGCCGGGAACAUCGGAUGAUCUGGGUACAAUCAUCAACUUGGCCAAAGAACUUGUGCCUGAUGCCAAGAAACUGGGCUCCCUUAUCCAAGGCAACAGCUCUCUUCUGUUUAAACGCUCUUCUGACUUUGCUGCCCACAGCAGAAACGCUACGACCCCUGCCGAGAUCCAUGUUGCAAGCAAGCCACCCAUAGUUCCCAAAACCCGAGGGAUUGCCCAAACAAGGCACUGCCGCCGGAAACGGCGUUGGAGGAGGUAGUGGCGGUGGUUCUGGCGUGGGGGUGGGACUAUAACAUUUAGGGCAAGGACUUUACAGCAACGACCACUGCCUGCUCUGCCGACACCAGAACGACCGUUGCCACCGCCGCCACAGCACCAGCAUCAGCAACAACAGCAGAAAGGAAAAGACUCGGA